UCAUUCACAACUCUUUGGAAGAUUCCAUUUAUGAAGUUGGGAUCAGGUGUGCCCUGGGCUACUUUCCGUGUGGCAAUAUCACAAAGUGUUUGCCCCAACAGCUUCACUGUAAUGGUGAGGAUGACUGUGGGAAUCUGGCUGAUGAAGACAACUGUGGAGACAACAAUGGAUGGUCUCUGCAAUUUGAUAAACAUUAUACAAAGGACAAAUACAAUAAGCUGAAAUCUCUGUAUGCAUUUCAGACAAAUACACCUGAGUGCUUGACUGGUACUGUGCCAGCAGAGUGUACCUGCCAAGGUCUGGAGAUCUUCUGUGAUGCUGUCAAACUGCGUGCUGUCCCAUCAGUCUCUUCAAACAUAACCAUAAUGUCUCUUCAGAGGAAUCUGCUAAGGAAACUUUCUGCUGACAUUUUCAACAAAUACCAAGACCUUAAAAAUCUGUAUCUUCAGAAUAAUAAAAUCAGAGCUGUAUCUAAACGUGCUUUCAGAGGUUUAUACAACUUGACAAAACUAUAUCUGAGUAACAACAGGAUAACGAGUUUGAAGCCUAAUGUCUUUGAAGAUCUCCACAAACUUGAGUGGCUGAUAAUUGAAAAUAAUAGGAUAAAUCGUAUCUCUCCAUUAACAUUUUACGGACUCAAAUCACUAAUUCUCCUGUAAGUAUUGAAUAA